AUGAAAGCCCCAACUACCGGGUUACUCUCCUUUCCUUUGUCCUUCCUACAUGGCUACAUAUCUUCAGCUUCGAGAAUUCUAGCCACUUCUUUAGCUGGAGCCGUGCCGACCACCAACAACUCGAUUAGUCCGCCUUCUCCAGACUCCUUGUUCUAUUCACAUCGACUUACCGAAUCUCAUUUCCAUGUUUCCACUGAUUCUUUAACCUCUCAUUUAUCCGGCGGCCCUUCUUCUCAGCUAGCUGGUAGUUACGUGCCUGCUGUUAAGGCAUCAGGCCAACUCCGCUCUUGCUCUUAUUUUAUGUCGAAUCUGCAAGCAGCUUCAUCUGCCGCUACCUCUCAUCGCAGUGAUACAUCUAAUUCGACAGAUCCAUAUUCGAGAAUUGAAUUCGCUGGCUCAAAGUGA